AUGGAUUUACUGGUCACCGUUGAGAACAUCACUGUAUCUCCUUCUCCAACUGCCAGAAACCUCGGUGUGGUAUCGGACAAUCAGUUAUGCUGCACCGCAAACAUCACUGAGGUGGCCCGAUCCUGCAGAUUUGCACUUUACAAAAUCUGCAGAAUCCGGCCCUUCCUCACAAGUGAAGCAGCUCAGCUUCUAGUCCAAUCACUGGUCAUCUCCCGCCUCGACUACUGCAACAAACUCCUGCUUCUGCAAUUAAACCUUUGCAGCGCAUCCAGAAUGCGGCAGCGCGCCUCGUGUUCAACCUACCGAAGUUCUCCCAUGUGACCCCCCUCUUCCGGGAACUCCACUGGCUCCCUGUAGUAGCUUGCAUCAAAUUUAAGACGAUGGAACUGCCCCUGCCUACCUCCAAGCAUUGGUAAAGCCACACUCCCCAGCUCGAUCUCUCCGCACAACUACCUCAGCUGGACUUCUGGUACCGCCAUCGCUAAGAGCUAGCAAAGGUCGAUCAGCAAAGUCACAACUUUUCUCGGUUUUGGGACCUCAGUGGUGGAACGAGCUCCCUGCCGUUCUCAGUAAAUGUACAUUUAAAUGAUAGGAUCGGCCUACUAUAACCGGAUAAACAUAACAAGACAAAGAGGACUCUUGUCAUAACAUGGGGCGUUCUUUAAAUGUGUUUGAUCAGUUCACCACCGGACAAAACCAGCCAGUUGAUUAGUUUGAAUGAAGACUGUAUUUGGCCAUUGUUCAAGUCACAAUGAAGGUUGUUUGGAUAAAGCGCUUCCUCCUGAUACUGGCUGGAAUAUGUUCCAUAUAUUACUUAGUUCCAUCAUUUAUUAACCGAGAUGGUACCAUUGAAUCAUUUGGACAUGGCAGUCCUGGAAUGGAGCAAAGUGUUAAAGAUCUGUACAACUUGGUAAAAGACCUCCAUCUAAAACAAGGAUCCAUAUAUAAAGGGAAGAAACUUUUCCCAAAGUCUGCCCUGUUCCAGAACUGGGGUGGAGAGAAUUUGUCAGAAGACGAACAAAAAGAGGCACAAGCAUUAUUUGAGAAGUAUGGAUAUAACGUGUUUCUCAGCGAUCGCAUACCCCUUAAUCGACCUCUUCCAGAGACCAGGGACCCAAGAUGCUUAAUGAAGACCUACCCAAAGGAUCUGCCCAGCAUUGGAGUAGUUCUUGUCUACCUGGAUGAGGCCCUGUCAAUCCUCAAAAGAGCCAUCCGAAGUAUUAUCGACCGCACUCCGAAGUCCUUGCUGAAAGAAAUCAUAUUGGUGGAUGACCACAGCAGAAAUGACGACCUGAAGCAGGACUUUGACAUGUACAUCAAGACCAUUGAGGACCAGAAUCCAGGCCUCCUCAUGACCAGAGUGAGACACAGUGAGCAGCUGGGGCUGACCACGGCUAGGAUCUCUGGAUGGAAGGCCGCCACGGCUGACGUGGUCGCCAUCUUGGAUGCUCACAUUGAAGUCCAUGACCUGUGGGCUGAACCAUUGCUGACGCAGAUUAAAGGAGAUCGGAAGCUGAUUGUGUCGCCAGUGUUUGACAGAGUCAACUACUAUGAUCUUGAGGUUGUAAAUUACAUCCCUGCAUCCCAUGCAUUUGACUGGGCUUUGUGGUGCAUGUACGAGAGAUUUAGGCCUGAUUGGUACAAACUAAAUGACCCCACCUUGCCUGGAAAGAGUCCUUCCGUAAUGGGUAUUCUAGUCGCAGAUCGGGCGUAUCUUGGUGAAAUUGGAGUUCUUGAUGGAGGAAUGAAAGUAUACGGUGGAGAAAAUGUUGAGCUCGGGAUUCGUGUUUGGACAUGUGGGGGAAGUAUUGAGGUUGUCCCAUGCUCCAAGAUAGCCCACAUUGAGAGAAGCCAUAAACCAUACAUGCCAGACAUCUCCAUCGCAAUGAAAAGGAAUGCUUUGAGGGUAGCAGAGGUUUGGAUGGAUGACUACAAACACAAUGUCAAUCUAGCCUGGAAUCUGCCCUUCAAGGAUCACGGUAUUGACAUUGGGGAUGUGUCAGAGAGAAAAGAACUCAGAAAAAGGCUGAAUUGUAAACCUUUCAAGUGGUACCUUGACAAUGUGUAUCCACUGCUGGAUACCUGGGACGAUAUCCUGGCCUAUGGAAAACUGAAGAACCUCGAUGCCAACAUGUGUUUAGACCAAGGUCCAGUUCCAGGCCACACACCAAUUGCCUAUGUCUGCCACUUCUAUGCAUCUCAACACACAUAUUUCCGAGAGACUGGUGAGCUUUACAUUGGUGGGAUCAAGUCCCAUAAAUACAAUGCUAAUCGCUGCUUGACGGACGAUGGCAACAAAGACAAUGAGCCUGGCCUGAACGACUGCCACCAAUCUCUUCAGAAAAGAAUUGGAAUCUACUGGGACUUCACCCAGGGUAAAGAAUUGAAGAACAAAAAGACCAGUAGAUGUCUGGAAAUUAUGAAUAGCAAACUUGUGGUACAAGAAUGUACGGGCCAAAGAUGGGAAAUCCAAAAUGUUAUCAAACCUUUCUAAAUAAAUAUUGAGGCUGUGUAUGACUGUGUACUAUAUGGAUCAAUUCUGUAAUAUAGGAAAAAUGCACAGAUUUCACUUCUCCAGAACCGAAUGCAACCGCGUUGACGAUUAUGGUUUAGCCUAUGUAAACUAAAAAAUUCCAAAGGAAAUAAAAGUAAAAGGGCAAUAAUUGUUUAAUAAGUAUUUUUUAACUUUUACUUACCGCUAGGACUCUAUCGCCCUGCAGUUCCUAAUCAGUACACUAGGCCCUAUGGCUCUCAAUUAUCAUCUUAACGGUCCAGUGUGAGGAAUUUAGUAGCAACUAGCGGUAUAAGGUUUCAAACAACAAUGGUGGCCCCGUUUUGGCCUGUAUUGUAAAUCCUCUAAAUACAUAGGGCAUUUUGGUGAUAGGACAGCGCAUAAUCCUGUCUUUACUGACUAUAUGAGUCACGUCCGAGAGAGAAUUAAGUGUCUCCUACACAUACCGUCACGGUUUGAAUGGAGGUGUUGGGCUCUCUCUGGCCAGUGGUUAUUUUUUGUCAGAGAGGGUUAUGCUUCUUGGAUACUUAGUAGUUUAACACCACAGUGUGGCACAAUACAUGUACACUUUGCUUACUAUAGCUCACAAAUGUAUGGAAGCAUGUAGAAAAA